CCCAUCACCGGCCAGCCCACCGCCUGUCCUCUCAUGCCUGUAGACUCCGGUUGUUGGUAGGGUAACGUUAGUAAUGACUGAGUUGGGAUUGCACGGCGAAUGGACGGAGUUGAAUGCACAGAAGUUAUAAUGGAGACCGUGGAGCAGCUGGUAUCUUUCCAGCACAUCCAUGUGCAGCUGAACGGUGGCGCGCCGUGGGGAUUCACUCUGAAAGGAGGACUGGAGCACGGCGAGCCGCUCAUCAUUACUAAAAUAGAAGAGGGAGGAAAAGCAGCACUGUGCAAGAAGCUUCGAGUGGGAGAUGAACUGGUGAACAUCAAUGGUUCUGCUCUCUAUGGGUCCCGUCAAGAAGCUCUCAUCCUCAUCAAAGGUUCUUACAGGAUUCUUAAAAUCAUUGUCAGAAGACGCACUGUACCGCUGAUCCGUCCCCACUCUUGGCACCUGGCGAAGCUGUCAGAGGGACCCUGCACCACGGGCACCGGUGACAACUCCGAUGGCCCGCCGGCUAUGCAGCUCCAUCUCACACCUUUCAGUGUACCCUGGCACUCUGGAGGUGAAAACAGUGAGCUGUCCAUGCAGUGGGGUCAUAUCUCCAGGCACUACAGCACAGACCGCAGCAGCUCAAUAGGGAGUAUGGAGAGUCUAGAGAAUCCUCCUCACCAGGGAUACUAUGACAGUCAGCUCUCACCCAUCGAUCCGGUCAUCUUCAACAACAAACGUGACUCCGCUUACAGCUCCUUCUCCGCCAGCUCUAACACAUCUGAUUAUACGGUCCCGGUCAAACCUGAGGAGACCAACUCAAUGGACAACCUUCUUCAGGGUCUGGGUUCCUCUAGCAGGUAUCCAGACAGAGGCCAACAUUCGGCCGCUAGAAACUUACAGGAAGAAUGUGAAAGUCUUAAAUCAAAGAUACUGUCUCAGAGGCCCAAAGCUAAGGUUCGGCCGUCCUCCUACGGUUGCGAAGAGGAGCGAGGUGCACCACCUCAGCCACCCAUGAGGAGGGAUAGUUUCAGGGCUACCAGGAGCCAAUCAGGUGUGGAAGAUAAGCGAUGUGUGUCUGCACCUGUUGGCAUUCCGAGUCUGGACAGCUGCAUGGUUGAAGAUCAACCUCCAAUCCAGGAAGUGUUGACUGGCGAUGUUUAUUUGAAUGGAAAACAAGACAGCGAACAAGGGAGCAGAUUAGAACCGUAUUAUACCUUCAACUCUCAAAGAAAAUCAGGUAGAGAGAGUGAGAAAAAACACUCAGAGGACCAAUCAAAAUCUGUAGAGAAUACCUCUUUGGAAAGGAACAUAGAUGAAGACUUAGCUACCCAGCCAGCCAUGCACAGACACAGUGCCCCUGAGAAACUUCUAGACCCUCAGCUAUGUAUGAUGAAUCACUCCAGUGACAGAAGUGACCACUCCACAUCUCCCACAUGCCAGUGGUCACAGUCUCCUCUGUAUCUCAAUGAGAUCGUCCCAGAUACGGCCCAGGGUAAGUGGGGAGCAAGUAGGUGUUCCACACCAGGUUCACUAGCAACUUCAGAACCUGAGGAUCCCAGGUUAGAUGAAGAAACGCUUGAUUGUGGACAGAAUGCGUGGCUGCAGUCUGAAAAUCAUACGGGGAAUAGGUUCUCUGAGCAUACAGUUCGUGUGGACACCCACCCGGAUGAGACCCGUAGAGGAGAAGUGCAGGCAGAUGAUGGCAAGGACACAAAGCAGUCCUCGAAGAGGCAGUUCCGCAACUCUAAAUCACGCCGUAGAAGUGAACGUUUUGCCACCAACCUGCGAAAUGAGAUCCAGAGGAAGAAGGCUCAGCUUCAUAAAAGUAGAAACUCUGGUGGUUGCGAUGAGGAGACAGUGGAGGAGGAGGUUACAGAUCUUCAUACGGAGGUAGUCGUCCCUUUAGAAAAGAGAGAAAAUCAACAGAGAGCACAAACCUUUACAAGUCCAGACCCUCCAACAGCACCUGUGCAAACAUCCAAACCAACACCUCUGCAAGUUCCAGUACAUGAUACCACACAUGCUGAAGAACAUUCCAGAACAAGGCCUGUGAGUUAUCAAACUUCUCAGACACAAACCCAGAUCUCUGAACGUAACAGACAAGCGUGUGUACAUGUAGUGGAGGAGUCAACACCUGCAGGCAAACCACGGCGAUGGCGCUGGACGCUAGAACGCAAGCUUCAACCAGAAACCCCACCGGCCAACCAGCAGCCCACAGAGAGUAAGAAUAAAGAAGCGACCGGACAGAUGUGUUCUGGAAAAGCAGGGACGUUGAGAGGAAGAACAAGUUCCUCUAGUGGUCGUUUAGGUCGAUCAGACGAGUCCGACAUUCCCCCCUUUGCGGACCGCAGGAGGUUUUUUGAGGAAACUAGCAGGAAGUUGAGUCAGUCUGUAACAAACUUAUCAGGCUUGACGAGUCAAAACCAGAGACCAGACAAGCCAAGACAGAACCAUCCAUCCUCACCUGAGCCACUUGAGUCAGGGCCCACUAACCUAGGCCGACGGAGAUUCUCGUACCAGGGUGUGGUCCAAGAUGGAACCUACAUCCACUCACUGGACACCAGCAGUCAGAUUAUGCGGGAACAGAACGACCAAGACGUUAUGAGAGAGGUGUUGAUAGAAAGAGAGGAGAAAGUGAGGGAGAAGGAACGAGAGCAAGAGAGAAUUAAGGAGCAAGAGAAGCUUCGAGAACAAGCGAGGGAGAUAGAAAGAUUAAGUAGAGAAAGGGAGAAAGAGCAACAAAGACUUCAAGAAUGGGAAGAGACGCAGAGACUGCUACAGAGAGGGAAAGAAUGGGAGUCAGAGAGAGACACGGUUCAGUCAGAACACAGUAUUAGCAGCAACAUGGUUUCUCACUCUUCAUCUCAUGAUGUCUAUCGGAAGCAGCCAUCCGGUACACAAGUCCCUUCCUCCCACCAGCUGUCAGAGCAUUACUAUAGCAACACUGCCACCAAUGUCCAAAAGCACUGCUCAGCAUUCCAGCCUGUGAUUGGCCAGCAUAAUCCGUAUGACGGCUACCACGGAAAACCAGCCUACAAGACCAGGAGCUACAUCCCAACAGAGGCCCAUCCGGUACGGGAACAGGAACAAACAAAACUAAACAGGAAAUUCAGUCUGACAGAGAGAGACUACAGGUACAGGACGGCAGAGGGUGAUGUUGUUCCUGCCUAUGCUGGUCGAAGCAGUCACAGGGUAGCCGUUGAAAGCGCCGAGGAGCAUCCUGCAUUAUUUUCACCCCUUAGAAACCGUGCCAUGUCAGAAAAUGACAUCCGUGUGGAGACACAACACCCAAAUCACAUUCCCAACACCAGUGUCAGCAGAAUGCGUGCGUCCACUCUUGGCGACCUGGAUGAGAAUAGAGUAGGUAUAGGUGAAGUAAAAAAGAAAAAAGGACCACCACCUCCUCGUCCGCCACCUCCAAAAUGGGAGCAGUUCCACAAGAGGCGAGCAUCCCACCACAACCUCUUCACCUCCCCUCCACUCUAUUCCUCCCCCUCUUCCUCUCCACCUUGGCCACAGCAGUGCCCACCCUGUCCCCCUAGUGUUCCUAAAAUUACACGUCAGCGUUCCUAUAGUCUUCCUCCUAGAGACGUUUCCGAGAACCAUCACUGCUGCUGUCAGGAAUACUCCGUAGCUCCACCCAGCCCUGCCUGUACAGGCCGCACUUUUAAACCUGUUGCCCUGUCUCCAAGGGAGAGAGACGUGUCACCUCAGAAUUGUGACACGAGAAGAGAGUUUAUUCAACCUUCAGCGCAAGCGGAGCCAUGCACAAGAAUUCCUGCCCAUACUUCUGUCGUGCCAAAACAUGAGCCUAGAUCCACAUUGGUAAAACCCAACUUUCAUGAGCACCAAGCAGACUGGGAUAGGUGUCAUCCUCACCCUUUUGCUACACAAACCGCUACAAGAUCUCUUGAAGUACCAGAAAACAGCUCAUCAGCUGUACCCGUGUCUCCAGAAUCCUACUUCUCCAUGAACAACUACCACCAGCAAGCUGGCUUUCCUGGUGCAGCUCCCAAACUCCAUAAUGUUUCCUCUCACGGUCCAUCUGGUGCUGGCGACAGAAACUUUCCCAUAGAGACAGACAUAGAUGAGAUCUCUGAGAAUGAACGUGCCGGAGAAGUUGACACGCGGGAAACGGACGAAAAGAUGGAGAUGCAGGGUUUUGCCCGACCAGUUAUUGUGUUGGAAACAGACCUUGACAACAUGCCGGCAGAAGAGGCUCCAUCAACAAGAAUUACAAGAGGGCACAGGGGUUCCCUGGUGAAUUCCAUUCUGGAGGAGGAGUAUGGAGUAUCUAGAAAACAUCUGAUAGGAGAUUUAUUUCCUCAGAGUGUGAAGACAGAAAUGAGUGGAGAGAGCUGGCGAGGAGGCUACCCUAUGAGUGGAGGCUCUCUGGAGAGGCCUUCUAGACUGGGAACAUCCACAACUCAAGUCCCACGGUCGACCUGUUAUGACACAUUACCUGAGAACUCCCAAUUUCUUGCCAGGAUGAGAGAGAUCUCUGAAAGGAAAGAGGAGGAAGAAGAAGAACUUAAUUAUAAGAAGCAGCUGAUGGAGAGCCUUUAUAAAAAGCUGGGUGUUCUCCGCGAGGCACAGAGGGGUCUUCAGGAGGACAUACGGGCCAACGCUCAGCUGGGAGAAGAGGUGGAGAGCCUGGUUCUUGCUAUCUGUAAGCCCAAUGAGGUGGACAAGUACCGCAUGUUCAUUGGUGACCUGGACAAGGUGACCAGCCUGUUGCUGUCUCUUUCUGGAAGGCUUCUACGGGUGGAAAGCGCCCUGGACUGUGUCGAUCCAGAGACUGGUCACCACGAGAGGCUACAACUUCUGGAGAAGAAAAAGCAGCUGUUGGUGCAGAUGGGAGAGGCUCAGGAGCUCAAGGAACACGUGGACCGACGUGAGCAGGCUGUCGGCCAGGUCCUGGGUCGCUGCCUGACACCAGAACAGAUGCGUGACUACGGUCACUUCGUGAAGAUGAAAGCGGCUCUACUGGUAGAACAGAGGCAACUGGAGGACAAGAUCAGGCUUGGGGAGGAGCAGCUCAGAGGACUUCGAGAGAGCCUGGGCCUGGGGUACGGCCAUUACUGACGCUAGGUUUGAUUGAUAGAUGUUAUUUUAACCUGACUGUGUAUGUCUGUGUGUUAGAAACUGAAAUGGCUUUGCAAUAUGUACAGCGAAAUGUUCCCAAAAAUGGACAUUAUAAUGGUUUGAGGUUUGCAUUUGGUGAAACGCAAUUACUGAAGACUGAACUCAGUUCAACGUGAAAACAAUACACUACAUGUACUUGAGGUGGUCAUUUAGGACUUCACCGCCGCUGCACUAAUAGCGGCCGGAAUGUUUUUUGCGCUUACACAAGUUAACCUCAGACGCUUGUUUAAACCACCAAAGAACAUAUUGUAUGUGUGCACAUACACUGCUCUUUGAAAACAGCAGGGAGAUUGUGCUCGCCUUUAUUUAUUUAUGUGUGAAUAUAUUUUCACACAUAUGAUUUCUUAGUAAAUAAUAUAGAAAUUUAAAUAAUAAGUUAAGGGGUUCAUUUAUAAUUUACACUACCGUUGUACCAACCGGCUUAUUGUAAAUCUCAUUAAAAAAUGUUUUGUUUUGUAAAGAAUUGGUAUGUACAUUGGGUAAGUGUACAUAGUGGAAGUUUCAUUCCGUCAUAACUGGAACUUUUCUUAAAUGAAACAUUGUGGUCUGUUAUUUGUUUGUUUGUGAGGCACCCAGUUUUAUACUCAUUUGUUCAUAUUCAAUAUGCCUUAUUGUGUUUGCUAAACUUUUCUCAGAUCAUUUUUGUUACCAAAGAUUGAGUUUGAGGAAUGUCUUAAAUACCAGCCUUACUUUACCAAAAACCUAAUAUGGUGUUAACAGUAGUAGAAUUUUGAAGCUUGUUAAUGGACAUUGCAGUUAAUUUACUGUAAAUAUGGUGAAUGUUUUUUUUUUCAGUUAAAUGAGAUGCACUGUGUAUAACUUAAUGUGUCUUACACAUCGACGCAACAAUGUUUGGGACAAAUGCUACUCGAUUUUCUUUUCCUUCUUAUUAGAAACUGAACACUAGUCAAGAGGAAAGAGAAUGCUGCUUUAAUAAUCAUUACUUGCCUUAAAGUUCUUACAUUGUUUCCCCCCUGCAAAACAAUCUGAAGUAAAUGUGUUUGUAUUUGAAGGGCUUCCAUAUUUUUACAGGCAAAAAAGGAAUACAUGUUUGUAUUUGUAUUACAGCUGCAAGUUGUCAAUAAGGCUUGCUUUUGUUUGCUUAAGGUGUGUAAACCUUAUAGUUUAUUUACUAUAAAGUACUUGUUCAUUCUGUUGUAUCAUACAUGGUAAAUAGGUCAGGGAGGAGAUGAAAGAAAAUAUGUGGUUUAUUGCUCAUUUUCCUUUUUUGUGUGAUUAAAACAUAAAUUGUUUACCAUUAAAAGUAUUUUUUCUGAA